AUGCGGCUCGUCAUCCUGUGUUUCUGGAUUUGGGCCGCAUCCGGCGCCGCCGCAGUGGCUGGCUCGGACAUGGAAGCGCUGCUGGAGUUCGGCAGGGGCAUCCGGCAAGACCCGUCCCGCCGCCAGGCCGCUCCAUGGAACCCGACCAGUUCGUCGGAUUCCGACGGCUGCCCCGUCGAUUGGCAUGGCGUGCAGUGCAACGGCGGCCAGAUUCUUUCCAUAGCGUUCGAUGGCAUUGGGCUUGUGGGCAACGCCAGCUUGUCGGCGCUCGCAAGGAUGACGAUGCUUCAGAACCUGUCCCUGUCCGGCAACAAAUUGGAAGGGGUCUUGCCCCGUGCGCUGGGGUCUCUUGCUUCCUUGCAGCACCUGGAUCUGUCCAACAACAGAUUCAUUGGCUCCAUUCCGGCAGAAUUGACCAAACUGAGUAACCUGGGACAUCUCAAUCUCUCCUCCAAUGGCUUCGGUGGUGCAUUGCCGGUGGGUUUCAGAAGCCUGAGGAAACUGAAGUACUUGGAUCUCCGUGGCAACGGCUUCGUCGGCAAAUUGGAUGACAUAUUUGCACAGCUGCAGAGCCCGGUCCAUGUUGAUUUCAGCUGCAACCAGUUCUCGGGGUCCCUGGCAUCAAUCUCUGAUAACUCAUCUGUGGCUACCACUCUGCAGUACCUGAAUGUUAGCCAUAAUGUGCUGUCAGGGCCAGUGUUUGCGAGCGAUCCCACGCCUUUGUUCGACAGCCUCGAGGUGUUCGAUACAAGUUACAAUGCGCUUACUGGCAACGUCCCGUCGUUUAACUUCAUGAUCUCCCUCAAGGUGUUGCUUCUGCAGAACAAUAAGUUCUCGGGGUCCAUUCCAGAAGCGCUAUUUCGGGAGACCUCCAUGGUGUUGACUCAACUUGACCUUAGCUGCAACCAGCUCACAGGUCCAAUUAGGCGUGUAACGUCAGUGAAUCUGAAGUACCUGAAUCUGUCAUCCAACAGCCUUCAGGGAACUUUACCAAUCACAUUUGGGAGCUGUUCAGUGGUUGAUUUGAGUAGAAACAUGCUUUCAGGGAACAUAUCAGUUGUCCAUACAUGGGGAGAUUAUGUUGAGAUGAUUGAUUUGAGCUCAAAUAGAUUAACAGGAACUUGGCCCGGUCAGACUACCCAAUUUUUGAGGCUGACUUCAUUGAGGAUUUCUAAUAACUUGCUAGCAGGAGAAUUGCCAACUGUUCUCGGAACCUAUCCUGAGUUGAUUGCCAUAGAUCUUAGCCUCAAUCAGUUCCAUGGAGCUUUACCUAAAAAUCUCUUUACAGCAGCUAAGCUGACCUAUCUUAAUCUUUCAGGAAACAAUUUCGCAGGAACUCUGCCUCUUCCCAGUUCUGAAACCAACAAUUCAACUACUGUAGACCUGUCAGUUUUUCCUGUACAGACUUCAAACCUUUCAUUUCUUGAUCUUUCAAACAAUUCUUUUGGUGGUCCACUGCCUUCGGGCAUCGGUCGUUUGAGUGGAUUGGUGUUGUUGGAUCUCUGCCUGAACAACUUUACUGGGCAAAUCCCAACAUCAAUCACCAAGCUAAAGCAUUUACUGCACAUUGACUUGUCAAGCAACCAUUUCGAUGGUAGCAUACCUGAUGGCCUCCCAGACGAUCUUGUAGAGUUCAAUGUAUCAUACAACAAUUUCUCUGGCCCCGUUCCGAGCAGUUUGCUAAAAUUUCCUGAUUCAUCUUUCCAUCCAGGGAAUGAACUACUUGUUCUUCCCCGCUCUGGGUCACCAAAUAGUCCUGAAGGAUCAGGUGGGAGGAAACAUGGUAUGAAGCGUGGAAUUCUGUAUGCAUUGAUUGCAUGUGUUAUUGUCUUUGUUACCGGGAUCAUUGUCCUUUUACUUGUCCAUUGGAAGAUCUCUAACUGGAAGAGCAGCGAAAAAGGUAAGGGCCAACAUAAGAAUUCUGUAAAUCAAGGACAGGGUGCUCCUCAGAGACGUGCAGAAAUUCCAAGUUCUGAAAUCCACGAUGUGUCGCUAGGAUCAUCACCGUCUGCAGAGUAUGGAGGCAUUUCCGUGCCCCGUGGUGGCAUGGAAGGACAGCAUGAAGCACAAUGUGUGGAUCAGCCAACUGGUAGCAUUUCUAGCCUUAAAGAUAGCUCAGCGUCUUCUAUGCCUUCAUUGAUAUCAUCACCUUCUGAUGUGCGCUCACACCACCAUCACUCCAUCUUGAGAGUGCACUCUCCCGACAAACUGGUCGGGGACUUGCAUCUUUUCGACAAUUCUGUGUUGUUUACAGCGGAAGAGCUCUCUCGUGCUCCGGCAGAGAUGAUCGGCCGGAGCUGUCACGGGACAUCCUACAAGGCUACUCUUGACAAUGGAUAUGUGCUGACAGUGAAGUGGCUGAAGGAGGGGUUUGCUAAGAGCAAGAAAGAGUUUUCCCGUGAGAUAAAGAAGCUCGGCAGCGUCAAACAUCCCAGUCUAGUCUCACUGCGAGGCUACUACUGGGGCCCCAAAGAGCACGAGAGGAUCAUCAUAUCAGACUAUGUAGAUGCCACAUCUCUGUCUACCUACCUGUCUGAGAUUGAAGAGCGGGAUCUUGCACCUCUGUCGGUGGGCCAGCGGCUUGACAUCGCGAUCAGCAUUGCCCACUGUCUAGAUUACCUGCACAAUGAGCGGGUGAUCCCACAUGGCAACCUCAAGUCGUCCAACGUCCUGCUUCAGGACUCGAGCCCGUCUGCUCUGGUAACUGACUACAGCCUUCACAGGCUGAUGACUCCGGUGGGCAUGGCUGAGCAGGUCCUGAAUGCAGGGGCCCUUGGGUACUCCCCUCCAGAGUUUGCGAGCACCAGCAAGCCAUGCCCGUCUCUGAAGAGCGACGUGUAUGCCUUUGGCGUCAUCCUGCUUGAGCUUCUGACAGGGAGGAUCGCGGGGGAGAUCAUUUGUGUGAGCGAUGGCGCGGUCGACCUGACGGACUGGGUGAGGAUGCUGGCAAGGGAGGAGCGUGCUUCCGAGUGCUUCGACGGGCGCAUUGUUGAAACUGAAAGCUCAGGGGGCGCAUCUAACAAGCUGGAGGACAUGCUGCACAUCGCCAUCCGGUGUAUCCGGUCCGCAUCGGAGAGGCCGGAGAUACGGACGGUGUUCGAGGACCUCUCGUCCCUGUUGUCGUCGUCGUCGUGA